ACUCUGUUUGAGGUUAUAGUCCCUGCAGGCUGUGUCAGAAAGGGAGGUGGAGUUUGGCCCAGAAGGAGCCCGGUGCUUUUCCAAGCCAGAACAAUUAUGUAACAUCACAUAGACACCAAAAUGCUUUGGAAGCAGCAAGGAGAUAAAAUGUAGAGCUCACAGCAUGCUCCUGAAUGAAUAAAGAGACAACCAUUUAAAGUAGGAAGCCUAAAGCAGGAGCCAACAGAGGGAUCAGUGUCACUAAGGUGACCAAGGCUGAGUGCCCAGCAGCCAACUUCACAUGAAGGGAAGGUAAUCUCCAGGACCUAAAUGCUUCCUGACAGGAAGAUGUAUGCAUUGUUCAACAGACCCCACAGUAGGAGUGGGUUUAAGCCACUGCCUGUUGUAAUCAUAGGGAAUGGACCUUCAGGAAUCUGUUUGUCAUAUUUGCUGUCAGGCUACAUCCCUUACUUCAAAAGAGACUCUCUUCAUCCUCAUCCCAUUCUUCAGAGAAAACUGGAAGAGGCACCAGGUGUCUCCAUUUUGGACCAGGAUUUGGAAUAUCUAUCUGAGGGCUUGGAGGGACGAUCUGACAGCCCUGUGGCACUUCUGUUUGAUACUCUUCAGCGUCCAGACACAGACUUUGGUGGAACAGCAGAAUCUGUCCUUUCUUGGUGGCAUGAGGCUCGCAGAGCUGUCCCCCACCUAGUCCUUGGCAGAAAUGCUCCUGGAGGUGCUUGGCAUUCUAUUGAGGGCUCUGUGGUUAGCCUGAGCAGAGGGGAAUGGAUGGGACUCCCAGAUCUCCCAUUCAAGGACUGGCUAAAGCAAAACAGAAGGCAAGAUAUGAUAGGCCUCAGAAACAAUAGAGCCACAGCAGAAGACAUUGCUCAAUAUUACCAAUACUAUGUAAUGAAGAAAGGACUGCAGAAGAACUUCAGAUGUGGUACUGUUGUGACCUCUGUGAGGAAAAUGAGUGUAGAGAGCAUCUCUAGCUGUACACAGAAAGAUCUGCAGGAGGAUAGUGAUUCACUCUGGGGCUUCAGUGAGAAAAGUACAGAGGUCUUUCAGGUGGAUGGAUUUUACAAAACUGUGGAAGGUGACAAAGAGCCCUUCUCCAUCUAUGCAGAGAAUGUGGUCUUAGCUACAGGCACAUAUGAUAGCCCUACGUGGCUGGGGGUCAAAGGAGAGAACCUUUCCUAUGUCCAUCACCAGCUGUCUGCCCUAGAAGAAGCAGUGAAGAACAACAGCAUUGGCAUCAUGUCAGAUCCAGUCUUGAUUGUUGGUGCUGGUCUGACAGCUGCUGAUGCAAUUCUUUUUUGUCACCAUUGCAAUAUUCCAGUAAUCCAUGUUUUUCGGAGACGAGUCAGUGAUCCAGGUCUUAUUUUUAACCAGCUCCCCAAAAUGAUGUACCCUGAAUACCACAAAGUCUACCAAAUGAUGAAAGAACAGUCAGCUGCUUGUGCUGGGCCUUAUGAGUGUUACAUUAGCCUUCCUGAACACCAUGUGCUAUCCUUUGGCAAGGACAAGAAAUGUAUCCUUCAAGAUAAGGAUGGCUACCAGAAAGUGUAUAAAGUUUCCAUGGCUCUUGUUCUAACAGGCUCAAACCCCAACCUCUCCUUUCUGCCAAAUAAUGGCAUUGACUUGGCAAUGGACAGUGACCAACCAGUCAAUCCAAAGAGGAAUCCCAUAGAUGUUGACCCAUUCACCUAUGAAUGUACUCAGGAGAAAGGGCUGUAUGCCCUAGGACCUCUGGCUGGAGAUAACUUUGUUCGUUUUGUACAGGGAGGGGCUCUGGCUGCUGCCAGCUCUCUGUUAAAGAAAGCAAACAAAAAUCCCCCCUAAUUAAAAAAAAAAAAAAAUCUCUAUGCUAUCUGUGUCUGAAUGGGUUACUGCUGGUUUCUUAGACAAGCAAGUAAUCAGAUUUAUCCUCAAAUGUAAAGCCCACUUUUGGUAUUCUCCAGGUUUAUGCAGAGUUACUAAGUCUUGCUGAGUUACUGAGGAAGAUUAAGUCACCAAAUACAGAGUGGAUUCCACACAUAGCAGUACCUGGGGCUUCACCUCCUUUCCUACAUAGAUGUGUAUGAGGGCUGCAGGGACUUUGAACCUUGUGCCUGGAAAAGUGAGGGGUGAGAAGAGUGGUUGCUUUUCUAUGCAAAAACUUCCAGGUUCCUGAAAACUGAAUUGGGGAGCAAUCAAUUUUUCCAGACAGCAGGCUGACAGCCCUGUGUCUGUUAAUUGUCUUACAGUGGCUCUUCAUGAACCAAAGUAAGCUGACAUGGGUUUAUUUGCCCCUAUAGCUUCUUAUUAGACCAAAAAUCAAUGAAAUAUGCUGCAGGUGACCCUCUGGCACAUGAUAUAGUACUCUGAAUAAAAUCAGACAUAGCAAGUGGUCAAAAAUAUUGUCUCACUGACACCACCAACAAGUAACAUACAGUAUCUUUUAACUAAAAGAUUCCUGUGAUUAUAUUUUUUCCCCUCCUUGAGAAGGAAUGGUGCUGAUUUAAAACACUUGGUUUGCUGCCUUGCAGAUUUCUACUUUCUAAAUCCUAAAACUGUGAUGGCACAAUUCUUGGCAGCUCCUGUUGAGACAGCAGAACUUAAGGGGAGCUACUGGUUUGUCUUCUAACUGCCUGGGUACUGUAUGGGGCUUCAUCUGCAUGCAGUGUUUCAGAAAGAUGUAAUAUGUUAAAUAUUGUGUGAAUUUCUAAUGUAACAUGAUUUUUUUUUUUCAAAUAAUGCUAUUUUUUUUAAAGCAGAAAUGGCACAGUCUCUCUUUGAUAAUCUUAUGCUUAUGUUCAGAAAUUUUUUAUACUGGUUUUCUGAAACAUUUUUAUUGACAAAAUACUUUGCUAGGGGCUUUUUCAGUGUUUUGAAUUCUCUGGGGUGGGUGAGAAUGAUACCUAAGGUUGCGAACAGCACUCUCAACAGACUACAGGGCCUUUCAUACUCUCACAGGAAAAAUGAGUGUCUUAGCUUAUCUUAUUUGAUGUAAAUAUGGGCUCUGCUCCCUGUGGUGCACUGAAACUCACUGACAUGACAGGAUGUGC